AUUUCUUUUGGUCAAGAAGCUUCGUUAUGAAGUUCCUACUCAACGCCUUUGUCUACCCGCCCACGGUGAGCUGAUCGCGCCUACCGAUCCUCAGCACGCCUUCCCUUGUCUAUCGCAUUGAACCCGAACUGGUCGGGGGACGGAGUUCCCGCUUCCUUCUUUGCUGCUCGCGGCCGAAGGCUUGGAUCUUGAGAAAUGACUAAUCGUGAAGAUGAUCAUGUCCCCAUGCUGUUGGGAAGCAUUGAAUUGCCAAGAUUUACAGCCAGGAGUGCAUCGAUGUCUAUGCCACCCUCCUUUGCCAUUGAAAAUACCUUUAUAUCUCACACUGGUCCUCUUCGUAUCCAGAGGGCUCCUGAGAUUAGUACUGUAAGUGGCCCUUUGAGUAGGAAUAGGAGGCAUGGAGUUACCAGAAUGCAAAGUAGAUCAAAUGCUGUUACACCUGAAGAAUUUGGCGUCGAUGAUUCGUCUUAUGGUGGUGAUGUCAUGAGAAAUGAACAUUUGCUGAUGUCUGGGCCUUUGGGACUGUGCAAUAAUCCUGAUUGUACUGAGUGCCCUGCAGCUUAUAAAACCAAAAAGGCAUUUCCAAGAAGCUCUAUAUCUACGGAUAAAAAGCUUCAUGACAUUCUAUAUGGGGAUAAUCAUAGCUGGGCUGAAAAAUGGGUUUCGCGGCUGAAUUCAUAUUUCCCGAUUAUGAAUCCUCAUACUAAAGUUGUUCAACAGUGGAACCAGUUCUUUGUAAUAUCUUGCUUGGUUGCAAUCUUCAUUGACCCACUGUUUUUUUUCUUGUUAUCUGUAAAUGAGGAAAAAAAAUGUAUAGUUUUCAACUGGUCUUUGGCAACUGGAAUUGCCGUUGUACGGAGCGUGACUGAUUUCAUUUACUUGUUACACAUGAUUCUUCAGUUUAGACUUGCAUAUGUUGCUCCUGAAUCUAGAGUGGUGGGUGCUGGGGAUCUAGUUGAUCAACCUAAGAAAAUUGCUCUUAAUUAUCUUCGUGGAUACUUUUUCUUGGAUUUGUUUGUUGUAUUACCACUUCCUCAGGUAAUGAUAUUGGCAGUGAUACCAGCUUAUGUGGGGCCAUCGGCAGCAAAUUUUGCCAAAAAUCUUUUACGUGUAACUGUUCUCCUCCAAUAUAUCCCUCGGAUAAUUCGAUUUGUUCCAUUGCUUGGUGGGCAAUCUGCAAGUGGUUUCAUAUUUGAGUCCGCAUGGGCAAACUUUGUCAUUAAUCUUCUUAUGUUUGUAUUGGCUGGACAUGUGGUUGGUUCAUGUUGGUACCUUUUUGGUUUACAGGUAAUGAUAUUGGCAGUGAUACCAGCUUAUGUGGGGCCAUCGGCAGCAAAUUUUGCCAAAAAUCUUUUACGUGUAACUGUUCUCCUCCAAUAUAUCCCUCGGAUAAUCAGAUUUGUUCCAUUGCUUGGUGGGCAAUCUGCAAGUGGUUUCAUAUUUGAGUCCGCAUGGGCAAACUUUGUCAUUAAUCUUCUUAUGUUUGUAUUGGCUGGACAUGUGGUUGGUUCAUGUUGGUACCUUUUUGGUUUACAGAGAAAUUCAAAAUCUUUUGACUUAUUCAAGUUAUCAUGUAUACUUAUUUCUUCUCUUUCACAAAUGAAGGUAAUGAUAUUGGCAGUGAUACCAGCUUAUGUGGGGCCAUCGGCAGCAAAUUUUGCCAAAAAUCUUUUACGUGUAACUGUUCUCCUCCAAUAUAUCCCUCGGAUAAUUCGAUUUGUUCCAUUGCUUGGUGGGCAAUCUGCAAGUGGUUUCAUAUUUGAGUCCGCAUGGGCAAACUUUGUCAUUAAUCUUCUUAUGUUUGUAUUGGCUGGACAUGUGGUUGGUUCAUGUUGGUACCUUUUUGGUUUACAGAGAGUAAAUCAGUGUCUACAGGAUGCCUGUACUUUGUCUCAGCUUCAAAAUUGUAGAACUUUGAUAGAUUGUGGUGAAUUUGAUGAAGGACGUGUUGAUGGAAUGUGGGUUAAUGAUUCCAAUUCUAUUUCUUGCUUUGACACUGAUAAGGGAAACUUUAGUUAUGGGAUCUACCAGCAAGCUGUUUUGCUAACCACUCAACAUAGUGCUGUACAAAGAUAUAUUUAUGCUCUAUUUUGGGGUUUUCAGCAAAUAAGUACCUUAGCGGGUAAUCUAGUUCCAAGUUAUUUUGUGUGGGAAGUUUUGUUCACUAUGGCGAUCAUUGGAGCGGGGCUGCUUCUUUUUGCCUUGCUUAUUGGGAAUAUGCAAAAUUUUCUCCAGUCUCUUGGUAGAAGGAGACUAGAAAUGCAACUUCGACGACGUGAUGUUGAACGAUGGAUGAGCCAUCGGCGAUUACCUGAAGCAUUAAGAAGGAAAGUAAGACAAGCUGAACGAUUUACAUGGGCAGCUACUCGGGGCAUUAACGAAGAACAGUUACUAGAAAAUCUGCCAGAGGACAUACAAAGAGAGAUACAUCGCCAUUUUUUUGGGUUCCUCAACAAAGUUCGCAUUUUCACCCUAAUGGAUGAACCAAUGUUAGACGCCAUGUACGAGAAGUUAAAGCACAAGGUGUUCAUUAGAGGAAGUAACAUCUUUUAUAAGGGAGGGCCAUUUGAAAAGAUGGUUUUCAUAGUCCGUGGUAAAUUGGAAAGUAUUGGAGCAGAUGAAAACAUAGCUCCCUUAGCAGAGGGUGAUGUAUGUGGCGAGGAGCUCCUUACAUGGUAUCUUGAGCACAGUUCAGUAAAUCGAGAGGGAGGGAAAAUUCGAUUCCCAGGAUCGCGAUUGUUGUCAACUAGAACUGUUAGAUGUCUAACUAAUGUUGAAGCUUUUGCACUCCAUGCUGGCGAUCUAGAAGAAGUCACUACAUUGUUCUCCCGGUUCUUGAGGAACCCACGCGUACAAGGAGCUAUCAGGUAUGAAUCACCAUAUUGGAGAAACAUGGCUGCGACGCGGAUUCAAGUGGCUUGGAGAUACCGGCAGAAGCGUUUGAAGCGUGCUAGCAUCACAAACAAUUUGUCUGCUAAUCAUACAGCUCGACGCUGAACAUGGAUCACCUUAAUCUGCAAAUGCUAUACCUGUCAUUUAUGCCCAUAAUUAUACAAGGCUUUUUGAAGCAUGGUCUUCUACAUCCACAAUUUCCCUCAGGAUUUCGAUUGAUAGGGAUUCAAGGUAGCAUGAAAAUUUUGAUGAAUCUCUCUCAUAUGAUGUCUGCCAUUGUUUAUGUGAAUACGGUUGAUGUUGGACUAGUAUUUUGUUGUAUUAUCUGCCUCAUGGUCGAUGUAUUCAUGUGCAUCGCAUGUGCCUCAAUUAGGUUUAAACUUGAAGACUGUUAUUGGGCUAUAAUUGUCAAGAAACCGAGAUCUUUCAGUGGAGAAAAUCAAUUAUAU